AUGAUAAUAAGGAAAAGAUCAGUAUAUUUGAUAGUUAUAACAUUGGUAUUGUUUAUCAUAGUACAUUUCAUAUAUAAUUUAUUUAAUCAUCAUCGACAAUUUCAAUUUCAUAAACCACCCCCACAUGUUAUCUUUCCCAAAGAUUUUAAUCCAUCAAUAGAUAAAUCAUUAUUUCUUGAAGAGUCCCAAACUAUUCAUAUUGGUUAUAAUUCACGUGAUUCACUUCUGGGUACUACAACAUUUCAUCUGUAUGAAUUUUCAGUAUUUAAUUCUAAAAAAUUCGUCAAUCUGGAUUUUGAACAAUGUGGUCUACUUGAAUCGAAAAAUACAAUAAGCAUUAAUAAACCAAUUGAUAUGAAAGUUUCAUUAUUCAAAAUUCUAAGUAAAUUAUUGUAUGAUAUGAAAGAUGAUGAAUAUCUUAAAGAAUUACAACCUUUUAUCAUACCAGAGCUUUUAAUUCAAUUGAAAUUAAAUAUAAUUGAUAAAUUUUGGUAUAGAUUUUCAGGAAGUGCGAUUUGGUUAGAUCAAUAUCAAGUAUUUUUCAUGAUUUCAAGAAUUAUUUAUUCUCCAAAAGGUAUUAAAAAUCAACCUGUUUUAUCUUUAACAUAUGCACAAAUUUAUGAUAAGAAUUGGAAUGAAAUACAUGGGAAAUUGGUUGUUCCAAGUAACAAUCUAAAUAAGCAACAACAGCAACAGGAACUGUUUAAAGAUCUAACGUUUCCUUGUUUUUUACGGAUUCCAUUUUUUCAUGAUUAUGAUCAAACUCUGGGGAAAUAUUACGGACCUGAAGAUCCAAGAUUGACACUUGUUAAUGUAAAUGGAUAUGAAGAGCCGCUAAUUAUUUUUAAUUCUUAUAAUAGAAAAUUCAUUGAUGCUGAUGAUGAUGAAGAUAUUGGAUUAGGUAAAGAAAUUAAAUUUUUCAGAUCAAUGUAUAUGUGUUAUCCAUGGAAAUUUCAACUUGAUAAAUCAAAUGUUGAAGGUAUAUCAACUCAAGAAUAUAAUGAUCACAUUUAUAAUAAAAUUAUUGAAUUUAAAAUUAAAAAAUAUGAAACUUCAUUUUCAAAUCAAAAAAAUUGGACUCCAUUUAUAUCAUCUAGUGAUAAAUCCAAAAUUAAAUUUGUUUAUCGAUGGACUAAUUUAGAUAUCUUAUCAUGUGAUUUAACUACUGGAUUUUGUGAAUUUGAAUAUAAAAUGAAUAAAACUUUAUCACCAAAAAAUAAAGUUGGUCCAUUACGUGGAGGGACACAACUAGUUAAUUUAAGUGAUAUAAUACCUGAUAAAUCAAUCUUACUACCCACUAGAGAAAUUUUUGUUGGAUUCGCAAGAACACAUCUUGAUGAUUGUGGAUGUGGUAAAACAAUGUAUCGACCAAAUCUUGUUAUUCUUGUUAAAGAUAUAAUUGAUGAUCAAAUUUAUUAUAAAGUUAGUCAUAUAUCACCCUCGCUAUCUUUUGAUAUACCAAUUCCAGGUUGGAGUGAACCUGAUGAUUUGUGUUAUGAUUUGAAUAUCCUUAUACCUUAUAGUAUUUCCAAAUGGGAUAUAUCAAGUUUGAAAAAAAUUGAAUCAAAUUAUAAAGUCAAAGAUGAAUUAAUAUUAACUUUAACUAUAAGUGAUGAAACAAUUCAUAAACUAAAUAUAAGAGGGCUAUUUCAAUCAAUUUUGAAUUUAAAUGAUAAUUCAUUGUUUAAAAUUCCAAGUUCAAAUCCUAAAUUGCCUUCCUCCUCAAAAAGUACAGAUUCACAUCUUAAAUAUCUUGGAUAUAAUAAUGAUAAUCUCAUGUGUGCUUUAAAAGGUUCAGAUGAAUUUUGUUUUAAUUAUGGUCAAAGUUUCUACGAAAAGCAUCCAAAUUUGAAGAAUAAAAAGAAGAAAACCAAGAAGAAGCCAAAGGAUAGGGAUCUAUCUAGAUACGUGAAGACUUUAAAUGAAUAUUUAUAUAAUAUGGUUUUUCAAAAUAGAUAG